UAUUUGAUAGGUGACGUACAGUGAUUGUUUAAAAUUGAAUUUCGUUUCGCGAAACCGUCCAACAUGAAAUUCGUGCUACUUUUAUUUCCCUCAUUGAUCAUUAUUUCCGAUGUCUUUGCUUUGGAUAAGGAAUGGUGGAAACACGCCAACAUUUACGAAAUAUAUCUGAGAUCGUUCAAAGACAGCGAUGGCGAUGGAAUCGGUGAUAUCAAUGGCCUCAUUUCCAAACUGGACUACCUGGUUUAUAUUGGAGUGGAUACCCUGUACUUGACACCAUUUUACCCUUCUUCGAUGGCUGAUGGUGGUUACGAUAUAACAGAUUACAAAGAAAUUGAUUCUGUUUAUGGAACUAUGGAAGAUUUUGAACAGCUCAUGAAAGAAAUGAACAAAAAAGGUUUGCAUCUCGUUAUCGACUUGGUUAUAAAUCACAGCAGUGAUGAACACGAAUGGUUUCAAAAGUCAAUAAAUAAAACCGCUCCGUACACCGAUUACUACGUUUGGGCCAAUCCAAAAGGAUAUGAUUCGAAUGGAAAACCUAUCCCACCGAAUAAUUGGUUCAGUGUUGAAGCAUUUAGAGAGAGUGGAAGUGCUUGGACUUGGAACGUGAAAAGGAAACAGUUUUAUCUCCAUCAAAUGAUAAAAAAACAACCAGAUUUGAAUUUAAGAAAUGAAGCACUCAAAGCAGAAAUAAAAAGCAUCAUGAAAUUUUGGCUAGAAAAAGGUGUGUCAGGAUUUCGAGUCGAUGUACCGAUGCUGUUCAUGGAAGACGAACAACUUCGAGAUAAUCCACCACCGAGGCUCGAUGCAGACAUAUUGACAGUAUUUGCUGAAUGCGAAUAUACUAUUAAUCAACCAGAUACAUUCAGGUUCAUAAACGAAUUGAAUGUAUUUCUUCAGCAAUACGAUCGAAAGAGUAGAAGGAAAAUUCAAACAGUAUUUAUUGGAGAAACGUACGGACAAGUGGAGAUAGUAAUGAAGUACUAUGGAACAAAACGAUUCCCAGUAUUUAACAUGCCUCUUAAUUAUCGUUUCGUCGGCAUGACCGGAUAUCUGGACGCUUAUCAACUUCGUGAUUUUCUUCGAGCUUGGUUGGAUAAACUUCCAAAACAUAUGCACUCGAACUGGGCACUAGGUAAUCACGAUUUUGGUAGAGCUGCGCACUAUUUCAACACUGAAUACAACUCCAUUCUAUUGGCAUUGGUAACCACGUUACGGGGAACACUCGUCGUAUAUUUUGGUGAAGAACUUAGCAUGGGAGCGAACAAUCUAGUCAUAAAAGAUGAUUUGAGAAAUCCUCAUCGUUCACCAAUGCAUUGGGAUGAUACAAGAAAUGCAUGUUUCACUUUUGGUGAAAAAUCUUGGCUCCCGGUACAUCCGAAUUACUGGCGUCACAAUGUACAAACUCAAAAAACCAACGAAAACAGCAGCUUGAAUUACUUCAAAGAUUUGACAUCUCUUCGAAAAACUGACACGGUCAAGCAUGGUGAUUUGAAGUUCCACAUCGUAUCCAAAUGGGUGAUGGCCUAUUCCAGAACUUACAAAGGGAUCAGUUACAUCGUAGUGAUGAAUUUGGGAACGGAAACACAGCCCAUGGACUUAUACGAUGACGUCACAAAUGUCAUUAAUUCAACAACUCUGACCAUUGUGGCUUGCAGUCCAAAUUCCGGAUACAAGAAAGGAUAUGAAAUGAAAACGACGCCGAAUUAUCCCACAGCAUCCCUUCUCAGACCUCAUUCUGUUGUAGUGCUGAGCUCCAGGUGAUUCCACUCAGAAAAAUUUAAAUUCCACUCGACAUUUUUCAUAAUACAAAUAUACGCCUCCACCCUGUUAGGGUACCACAAAAAUGCGAUUUCCAAUGUCCUGUAAAGGAUAAGGAACCACGACGACGACGAUGUAUUAAUAAUUAACAGAUAAUUAUUUCUGUAUUUGAAUUAUAAUUCACGUGUGAGUGAAAAUAAGGAGAAAUAACCUAUUUCAUUGAUAAUAAACUACUGAAUUUGUCAGCAUGAAAAAAUGAACGGAUGAAAAUAAACAUAUUUUUAAUGCAAAUACACG